AUGCAGACCCAUGUUCCAGUUCCGCGACCUGCUUACUCCCAAGCCCGGGAGAACCUGGUAAGGGUGAUCCCUCCCAAGCUUCUGUGUCUGCUGGCCUGCGGGGGCGUGGACUGCCGUUAUGAGGGACCAGAGUGUUGGAAAGCAAACCAGCAGGUCAUCCGAGGCGUUUUCUCAUCAUGGGUGACUGAUGACAUCAUUGCCAUGGCACGACCAUCCAAACUCUUGAUUGACAAGUAUGACAUCAUUGAGCAAUUCCAACGGUAUUGUCUUGAAUUUAAGUCUGAGGUCCACAACAGUUGUGGGUGGUGGCAUUGUGUUCUUCUCAUAUAUGACUUAUUCCCUAGAUUAAACAUUAGAUCCAUCAUAAACAUGCAAAUGCCAGGAGAGCAUGCUCACUGUGGACCCUCCCUGGACCCCAAAAGUGGCUUCACAUACUCACCCCAGAUCUUCAUGGAGAAUGACAUUUACUUCUACAACUUUGGGAUGCCAGACUUCUGCGUGUCUUCCCUGGUCAACAUAAUUGAUGGGGUAAAGGUGCUGGCCUUCGCGGUGGGGGAAGGCAGGGUUGCUGUGCACUGCCACGCAGGCCUGGGCAGAACAGGUGUCCUGAUAGCCUGCUACUUGAUCUACACUUUGCGCAUCAGUCCCAGCGAGGCCGUCCAUUAUGUGCGCAUCAAGAGGCCUCGCUCCAUCCAAACCCGAGGGCAGAUCAGCCAAGUGUUCGACUUUGCUCGGCUCCUCAGCGCGCAGUUGGUUCAGUACCCAGACCUCAGCCUGCGACACGGAUCCCCCGUCACCCUGCAGCACUACCUCAACCGCCAAGCGCUCCUGCUGCACGGCCAAGAGGCUCGCACGCUCAGAUACAUACCCAAGGUGGUGUACCUUUUGUGCAUGCACAUCUCCUAUUUGGCGAUGGGACUACCUGCAGCUCCGGAGAUACACGCUGAACUGGAGAAGAGGUCAGAACUGAGGAUUUUGACCAGAGUGGUGAGGGAGACCCUGGUGUCCAAACAGUUCCUGCCCUUGCUGCGCCAAGAUCAGAACAUUGCACGGGUGGGCUCUGUGUCCUCCUGGGAUGGGCAGCUAGGAUUCUCAGAGAGAAACAGGGACUUGCUUCGGGACAAACGCAGCUACAGUGACUCUGACCUCAGCAUGAUGGUGGAUCUGGAGAUGAGUCCCUGGCUUGCAAAGGAUGCCAUAGGAUCUGAACUGAGACCAGUGAGCUCCAAGACUACCCCACCUUCAUUACACCUCACCACCAACAACCGCGCUCAAACACGCGCUAAGCAGCCGAGAAAAAGCUCUGGUAGGAUGUUUAAGUCUACGGUCAAAAAGGAUCAAUCCAAGUACAGCUCCAACAUUGAGUUGUGCAGAAGCACACAACACAACGUGCGCCCGACCUCGGUGGCUCGUGCCAUUGCCAACGCAAUGGCAGACCUAAGUCCACCAGAAGAAUCCAUUCUACAGCGGUCGUCUCUUCUACAGGAGGAGCUGAACAGCAGUGAAUGUGGCUGGGCUCUUUUGGUGACCGAGACGAAUCCUCAGGUUCUCACGUGCCUGCUUUGGACCUGGCUUGAGAAGCUAAAAGAUCCCGUUCUUGGUGCCGAGGAUAUAGUAAGAUUGAGUUGUGUGGAACCUAACAGGAAGCCUUUUUGUGUGCUCAAGAAGUCACAGAGGCACACCAUCUAUUGUCUGCUGAGCUGUGUCAACAAAGUGACCAGGCUGUGUCCGCAUAGAGAAGAUGCCGUGCUGCAGCGACUGAUACGAGCACUGACAAAGAUAAUGCCUGAUGAAGAGCCUUGGGUCGGAUCAUGGAGGCCCCACAGGCCUCGAGGGCCGAUAGCUGCCCUCUAUAGUAGCCCAGGGCCCAAGUAUGCACUGCCUUCACUCACAGGUUCAUCACUACAUGAUCCGACAAAAUACAAAGCGCCCAGUUUCAGCUUUCGGGCCACCUAUGACAUAAGCUCGCAAGAAAUCUCGCCCGGACCUAAACACCUCAUCCCCUCCAACAUCACCAAAACGGGUCGUGAUGGAACUCCAGCGUUUUCAUUUGGCAGUCGCCCCAAGGAACGAGCGCGCAUCCAAGUGCCUGCACCCAAUCAUUACCACCUUGAGAGUUCAGACAAGGUCACUUAUCACUCUUCCCCUUCCUAUACGUUGUCCGGGAGAGGAAAAAAUGUUGUACCGAGCAACCACACUACUCCCGGUCCAGCAUCCAACACUCUACCUCCUGUGUUUGGACCCAAAACUGUCAAUAUACGCGCAGCACCCGCACAUUCGCUCUACGGUCGCAGUAAAAAUGGCAACUUCACGGAAGACAACACAAAGUCUCCAGGCCCUGCAGCCUAUCAAGCUGUGGACCCUCAAAUUUACCUAAACAAAUCUCCUCAGUACAGCAUGCCAGGGCGCAAGUUCAUACCUCAAAGUGCUACGAGGACGCCAGCACCUGGAGUCUACCGUCCUGAGAAGGUCACCACCACGCAUUCCAAAGCGCCAGCCUUCACCUUUGGACUGCGUCACUCGCAAUACACCGUACUCCCCAUCAUGGAUGCAGACAGAUACCAACAGUCAUUGUCCUAUCUUUGAGCUGGGGGAUUUCAACACCGUGACAUCAGAUGAAGCAAAGAGGCCCAAAUCAGCAGAUGAGAUUUGUUGAUUGGAUUUCACAGUUCAGCGUUUGCAAUAUUUUGUCUUGUCAAGCAUUUAGUUUGGUUAGCAUGUGAUUUGCUAUUGUGAAUGUUGUUCACAAUAGCAAACAGGCGAGAAAUGUCCUUUCCAUCACAUCCUACUGUGGCUCCUCAAAUAAGGCUUGUUAAAUCUCCCACAUAUGCAUCCAGCAGGUCGCACUUGUGAUUUCAUUAGUGUUAGAGAAAUUAACUACAUUGUGAUCUACAAUAUUUUUUAAUAAAAAGAAUAACAGUAAAAGUAAUUAUUUUUCUUAAUUAUUUUGGUAAAGUACAGUACUGUACAGUUGCUGUUUGGUAAACAUCCAUCAAUCAGUUUAAUGUUUUUUGGUCCUGAAGUGUUCACACUCAUUCUUAAUAAUGGUACAGGUGAUGUUUUAAAAGCACUUUACGAGGUUACUUCAGAAUGGUGCACAAGAUGUGCAAAAUGAGCAAAAAUGGCAAAUGGCCUUGCCACUUUCCAUUUUUUUUUAAAAAAAAGCACAUCCGUUUCUCAAUAAAAAGUUGCAAGUUUUGUCUGGCUCUCAAAUCAUUUUGGGCUGAAUUGUACUGCACUGUAUUUGUAAUGACUGCUAAAAUCAAGUACGUUCUGUAUAUUGCAAUGUACAAAUAAAUGGAAACACUAUGUAUAUAGUAUAUGUGUAUCUACAGUAUAAUGUAAUUUACAAGUGAAUCAUGUGAAGAAUGCGGAAUAAAAACUUUUUCAAAUGA